AUUGUAAUAGUUGAAUUAGUGUUAUUAAGCAGGUAUUUCGCUUUAACAGUGUUCCUGCUUAGUAUUAUAGCUGUGUACAAAUGUGCGCAUAAAGGUUCCGACACACAUUCCAGGUCUGAUGAUGGAGAAUGAUCCGGUGUGACUGAGGUCUACUACAGUAGAGCCCAGUCUACUGGCCUCCUCUUCUCCCCCUCUUCCUCCAUGAGAGAUGACUCCUCCAUCCACCACCACAUCCAG